GUGCACGCGCUACAGUUUGACACGAUGAUGCACGGUACAGUUCAGUUCUGAGAGACAACGAAAGAAAAACGUGGAGCACUUUUCCAACACGCGUGCAGAGCUGACGGUGAAAGGCAAGUGGGCUGUCUGUAAAACACGUGCGCUUAGGAAAAUAUGUUUUUGUUGUUUUUUUAGAAACCGGAACAGACGUAUUCCCGCUUCCAGUCGGACACGUGCGGGAAUUACGCGCCAUGUAGUUUGUACGCAUGCGUAUUAGGUCUUUUCAGUACCCCUGUGCUUCAGCUGCAAACAAGCCACCAUUGGUGAGUUUGGGUUCUUCGUCGAAGUUGCUCAGCUUUUCGCAUCUUACACGAUUGCCCAGUAUCAGACUGACCUUUACACCACUAACUGUGGCAUAAUAGUGCUUGCACCAUGGAAGGUACUGAAAGUGAUCUUACACUGGAAAUGAAGCGAUUGACAGAAGAGGCAUGUCUACAUACUUCACACUCGGUGUCUGAGGUUUUGAAACCAAGCAAAAUUGAUGAGUGUGGGAGUAAUCAGACAAACCAAGUUACCUUGUCCUCUGUUACACUUACUCAGAGUUCAACUCAAGAAAGUCACAUGAACGGUGAUGUUAAAGUCACUCUGGAGAACGAAUCGGUUUGGAGUCGGUUUCACGAAUUAGGCACAGAGAUGAUCCUCACAAAGCAAGGCCGGCGUAUGUUCCCCUGCUGUCGCUUUAAACUAAGUGGAUUGGAUCCGCAAAGGAAGUACUUUCUGGUUAUGGAUAUCAUGGCUUUAGAUGAUUUUACCUACAAAUGGAAUGGAAAGACCUGGGAGCCUGUUGUAUUGGAUGAGUCUCAUGUGCUGGGACAGAUAUGUGUUCACCCAGAGUCCCCGGCCUUGGGCCAACAGUGGAUGGAUAGCACUGUGUCUUUUUACAAGGUGAAGCUAUCCAAUGAUUCCAUGGACCAAGAGGGCUGUGUGCGUUUGCAUCCAAUGCAUCGCUACCUACCACGACUUUGUAUUGUUCCUUUUGAUCCAAAUUCAGGAGGGACUAUUGCACUUGAUAGUCCAAAAGUUAAGAUAUUUAGCUUCCCUCAAACAGCGUUUUAUGCCGUCACCAGCUACCAGAACCCUCGAAUCACUCAGCUUAAAAUUGACUGUAACCCUUUUGCGAUGGCCUUCAGAGAAGACAGUCAAAGCAUUUGCCUGCUGCAAGACAAACCCAGGCCCUGCUCUUCUGUUGGUACACGCUUUCGAGCUCCUCUUUUAAGUUUGGCACGGAAUUUCAGUGGAAAAUGGAAAGAGGGUGCAGUAAAGAACAGAGCCUCAACCCGUAUUCAAGACAACAGAGAAAGAGGUCUUUCUGCAGGAACAGAAUCUCUUAAAGAGGGAGAGGGCAUCUUUAGUAAAAUGAAAAAUGCCAUUUUAAGUUGUCCAAACAAUACUGAUUACAGUGAAAAUGACAGAGGAAAUGAUUCUGUGUAUAAUUGUACAGCAGAACCCGUGCUGGAUGAGUAUAUGGCACCUUUGGAAUUCGAACAAAGUGAUCCUUUAGAAGAACCCUUGCCAAUUGCUGAUGAACCAUUUCCUCCCAUAAGCAGCACUGAAAAUUCAAAAUCUUCUGAGAGUUUUGAACAUGCUGUUAGUUCUUACUUAGGCUGCCAAAACAGUGGCUUACCAACAAAAACAUUAAUGUCUGCUCGGAGUCCUCAGACUGAGAGGGAAAUAAAGUCUGUUGCUGCUUCCCUGCCCAGACCACCACUUAAUGCUAGUGAAGUACACGAGCAAAAAUCAGGCCAUCUGCUUAAACGUCGGAGGGCCAAAAAAGCGAAAUCUAAACUGUGGUCUAGGGCAAAGUAUAAGAAACCCCCUCCUACAGUUGUGCCACUUAACGCUCCCUCGCACCCAGACCUUGAAGAUGUGGAUGGAAUGUUGUUUGUAUCUUUUGUUGCAAAGGAAGCCUUAAAAAUUCCUGCUGAAAACACAAAGGAAAGUGAAACGUCAAUGCUUUCACCAUCUCCAACACAUGACCAGUCAGAUAAUCAUGAAGCUGAAGAUGUCAAUCUUUCUGUGCCGGAAAGAAUUGCCAAAUUGGAGAAAAUUUUACUCCUUCACCUAAAACAACGAAAACACAGACAGGUCAUUCACCCAUGCCUACAAGACGUUGGCAUGAAAUUGGCCCUUCUGGAUCCAAAGUUACCGAUAGACUUGCAGUACCUGGGUGUGCAAUUGCCGCCUCUUCCAGCUCUUCACAAAGGUUCGGAUAAAAUGCAUCCCAUGAGCCUGUCGCCUUCUGAUGGUGCUGGAUUAUUUGUGUCACGGACAGGGAAGACAAAUGAUCCCACAAAGAUUAAAGGCUGGAAAGAUAAAUUUAAAACGAACACUGUGCAGUCCACAACUGAAGGCCUGAAAAAUAGUUCGGCAUUCUGCAGUGAAAUGCUGGAUGCGUAUCUAGAAAAUGAGGCCCAGCAAAUCAGCGAUCGUGUUGCUGUGUUUUCUAAAUGCUCUGCAUCACCAGUAUCAUACCAGCUACCUUCAAAGAGCAGCAGUUAUGUGGUUACUCUGGACAGUCUUCUUAAGAGUCGAUCUCUUUCAUCAAAGAAGGACUACACCAAGCCGACGGACGAAAUUCUGCUCAGAUCUCCACUUAGAGGAUCUCCAAACACUGCUAUAUCUUUGUCUUCAGCAGGAUUACAAGGAAACCGAGAGAAAGGGAGAAAUUUUGCAUGUUCACUUCAGGCACAGCAAGAUGCAUUGUCUACACUUCAAGCCAGCAAAUCUGUUUCUAGAGGUGAAAUAGAGAAACAACCUGGCAAAUAUGUCUCUGUAAAAGCCAGAAACAAGAUGUUACUUCAAGAGAUGGAGAAAAAGGCAAUGGAUCUUGGUAAACUUUGUACACACAUCACUGCUGAAAGAGCAAAAAUUGCUCUUACUUCUCUGAUUAAUUUCAAGAAAUCACGCAAAAGGACUAAGUACUACAUGCACAGAAAAAAUGAGAGAGAAUGUCCUGAGGAUUUCUGUCGUUUGGGCUGCGUAUGUGAUAGCCUGGGCAGGGAAAUCCGAGGGCCUACACACUGUCGGAGAGUUGAGUGCAUGUUUGACUGCAACUGUUUCAAGCACAAGGUUCUGCGUUGUCCUCCAAAAGAGACGGCAAAUGUUCACCAGGGAAGGAAGAGUUCAGUACUGGCUUUUUCUAUUUCAGACCCAGAGACGGAAACCAGACCACCACCUGCACCCAGUAUCACCACCUUAUGGAAAAGGAACACAGGGGAAUAUGACCCUGAGCCAAUAUUUACUCCAGAGCCUUCGCUUUCUUCUAAAAAAGUGCCCUAUUUACGUACCAGUCUUAACUCCUUUAAUCAGGUGCGGGAGGAAGAUAAAGAUCCUGUGUAUCUAUAUUUUGAGAGUAUGAUGACAUGUGCUCGUGUGAGAGAGUACAACAGUAAUCCACCACCUCAGAUACACAUGUUCCCUACCAAAAAAGAAAUGGCAGAACCUGAAGAGCUUAAUGAAAUUGCAGAAGCAGGCGAACCAACUUCCUCUCAAAAAGCAAGAGAAACAAAUCCGACAGAGAUUCCAAUAAAGACAUUUGAGCCCAAGCCCACUAAACUGCUGGAAAUCCUGUCUGAAUGUAACUGGGAGCCUCAUCGAAAUUUGGUUUUGAGCACUCUGUUCCGGCGCAUGAACAGUGACCUACUCUCUGAGCCUUUCUGCUUUGGCAUGUACAAAAUACAGCUCCUUUCUACUACCAUCAAAGGAGUAGACAGGUCUUCUACAAUUACUUACAAGGUGUGCAUCUCCCGGGCGAAUGAAAAAGAGAUGACUGAAGACUUGCAGCCGCCAGUGAAGAAGGGAAUAAAAAGAAAAAGUGUAAAAGGUGUUAAAACCAAAGUAUUAAAAAUGUGUGAAACACGAGCUCAGAAAGAGGGCUAUGAUUCUCUAAAGCAGCAAAAAAGGUUUUUCUCUAAGAGAGUGUUCAGGGCUUUGCCCUACCGAACCCAUGCUGCUCAUGUUGGUUGCCUCAAGGCCGAUAAAAAGAAACCCGGAAGCCCUACUCAAAGUCUAAUUAAGGUAAAUGGCAAAAUGUACUCUAAAGCUAAACUCCUCUUGGGCCAACUUGGUGCUUUACAUCGAGUAAAUCGCAUUGCAGCUUUUGUCACUGGCAGGCUACAGCAUGUACUUCGAGAUCAGACUAAAUGUGUGGGUGAUAUCACUAAAACAUGUCUUCCCAAAGCAUCUCUCAAGCCUAGUUCUAAAAUCAAAGUGACAAAUGUUUCAAGGCAAACAAAUCAUGCUGCAGCCAGUGAACCUGAACCUAAGAACAGUAGUUCAAACAAUAGUCCGAUGAAUGCCCUUUCACAACUUGUGGGCUCACCCCCUGGCACAACCACCAUUGUACCUGAUGGCACCAGAUUUGUUCUUAUGCCAGUAACAUUUUCCACCUCUGCAGCUGCUUCGUCAGCAGAAACUGUUAAUAGUUCCACCCUCCCACCUGGUCAGCAAGUGGUUCUGCAGCCUGCUCCAGGGUCAAACUUUUUAUGUCAGUACAAUGGCCAAAUGAUCCAACUAAAGCCCAUCAGCACUGGGCCUCUUGUUCAGCCACAACCUAGUUCUGCCAGUGAAGAAAGCACUUCACAGGUUAUGGAAGCACCAUACAACACAUGCCUGCCAAAAGACACCAAAUUUCUUCAGAUGCCUUUGAUCUCUACUCCUCUUUCAAAAGCGUUACUCAAGCCUUUGCCAGACAUUUCACCCAAUGCGCUCUCUCUGUCAGCAAAGAGUGGCAUGAACGUUGCCAGUGGCGUGUCAGCUUUUAACUUGCAGUCGAGUUUUCCAGGUAAAACUGGUACAUUCUCUUUUCGAAUCUGUCCCCCUACUGGCCAAGGGAAGACUGUAAGAUCAGAGCAUGGUGGUAAGCCUCCUGAACCCUCUGCUGACCGUCCUUCUGCUGUGUUACUUCCUGGAGGUUUCACCUUGAUUAAACUCCUUCAGCCUGCUGCGCCAGCUGUUCCUGCAAAUGUCACUGAUUUUCAUCAAGCUGAAAUCCCACAGAAUGAUGAAAAUAUGAGGAAAUCUAACUUACAGAGUGGCUCCCCCAGCAUUGAACAAAAUCAUCAAGUCUCAGAAAGCAUUUCCAAACCACUUCUUCCUGAAACCUCAAACUCUGAACAUGGGGCUCCUGCUAGCCUUCCCUCAGAAGAUGCUAUUAAAGAUGAGCCUGUGGAACACUUCUCUGCUUCAGUAAAUACAUUGUCUCCAGACAAGUAUAACUGGGUACCUGAAGGUGCUGUGAUGGUACACCGUGAUGUUAGUGAAUUGGAAACUGAGGAUCUGGAUGACUGGCCACCCAAUGGAGCAGAGCGAAUUUUGUGGAUUGACUCUGCUGAUGAAGAGGAGAAUGAAAACCCACCUUCAGAGGAAGCCAGUGAGCCAAAGACUACAACAACAGGAAAUAACUUUAGUAGCUGUGAUGAAAGGCUUGUAGAUAAUCUGCAAGAUGCAUGUUCUAAAAGUUCUCCAGCUAAUGAACAAAAACAUCCGAAAUCUAGCAUAUCCAGCAAUGAAAAAGACUGUGAUUCAUUCAUAAAUGCAAAUAACUCCUACACUGCAAAAAUUAGCAAGCAAGAGCCACCUUUCUCAGUUCCCAUUAAAAAGGUUGGCAAUAAUAAUCCAUCACAGAUACUUUCUGGCUCCCAUAAUAUCAGUGUUCAGUUUCAAGAAGAUUGUCCUUCAGUUCACAUUAAAAAUGAUCCAUAUAACACAACCGAUAUGGACAUGGCUGGGAAUGAGCCUGGCAUCAAGGGCCAAGGGCGUCUAGCUGAACAUAGCACUUUGGCUAUCAGUAGAAUAGAAACUAACCAUCAAACAGGGAAGAAUACAUUUCUCAAACACGUUCAGCUCAUGAACGAAAGACUUGACUCUGCUAAUAAUAACAGUGUUUCUACUAAAAUAGAAUCAUGCAGUGACUCACUCAGGACACACACCAGUACCAUGUGUGAUGUUGCUAAACAGCAUAUUGGCUCAGAGGAUAUUUUACUACUUAUGAAUAAAGAAGAACCCAGUAUGAAUCAAACAGUGACUGAAUUUCCACAAGACCCAAAUAAGCAAGGUUUGGACUCUAAAAACAGUUCUCCAAUUCUCACUCAUAUGGAGUUUUAUAAUAAUCCAUCCAAACCCAACACCACAGCUUCACUGCAUACCAAAGAAAUUCUUGAGAAUGCUGACCUUGCUGGUAAUGCUCAAUGCUGUUUACUCGAUAGUCAGAUCCUUGUGAUCUCCACACCCACAGCACAUCCACUAAACACAGCCUCUUUGGUUGAGAAAACUGGCUUACAAUGUGUGUCGCCUAUUCCUCAUAAUAAGCAGAAAUUAUCCCCUGAGCUAUCAGAUGGUUUUGCUAACCUGUCAGACAACUGCACUAAGAGUUCUAAAAUAUCAGAAUCAAAUGAGGGAAAAGAUGAAGCAUUGGAUAGGAACAAGACUGCAGUCAGAGAGCUGUGCAGUGAUUAUGAGAUUGCUGUGGAUGUGAUGAACUUGAGUGAAGAUGAAGCUCCAAUUCUCGAGUUUGAUAGAGAUGAGGCCGAUUCAAUAGCCUCUGGUGAGACCUCUAGUGAUGACGAGGAUUCCAGUAAUAUCUCCACUAGUGACAGCGAAACAACAGAUGACACUAUGGAUUUAUCGUGUGAAGAUUAUUUUGAUGCUGAAUCAUUUGAGGACAAUGAUGGAAAGAGAUGUAUAAACAUGAUAAAUGUUCAGACCAGACAUAAACACAAAUCAAGGAAAGCAACUAAAUUGGAAAAAAAGAUUAAGUAUUUCACAAGUCUUAAGACAUCAAGAUAUCUGCCAUUGCAUGAGCUAGAAAAACGGCUCAAUCACACUCAAAAAGAGCGCGUUCGCAGAGAUGAAAUGCGUCAAUCCUUUGUUGCACUGAAAAAAGCACUGAAUGUUGAGGAACGAGUCAAAAUGUGCAACCAUGACAUUCUAAAUCAGGCUCGACUUACGAUUUGGGCUCUCAAGGACCGGGGUCAGUGUUUAGAGGAAAGGAAAAAAGCUCUACUUCAGAGAAAGUCUGCCUAUCUUCACAAGAUUGUAGAACUGUCUGAAAAGACAGAGGAUGGCAUCAAUGUCAGGGUUCAGGAACAAUGUGAACAGCAAAAGCAGAUUGGCUCCCAAAAUGCACUGCAGACCUCAGUUUCAGCUCCUUUAGUAAACCCUCAACGGUUAGAUAGUGAUGCCAACAGACUUCCACCCAGUCUUGGAUGUGGGAAAGCACCUAAUUAUAUACGCAAAACGGCCUUAAGGCAGCCUCCUAUUACUACCACAGAUGAACAAUCAUUGCCAAAGAUUGCAUUGCAGUCCUUCGGCAAGACUGACGCCGUAAAGCACACAUAUAAAACAAGAACAUCUCAAGCAAGUUCUACUGAAGUCUCCAAGUCUGCUAAAGAGUUAAUGGAUGGUAAUUUGGAUCUGAAUGUUCAAACCAAAGAAAUGGAAACAUGCAGUGCAACAGGAGCCUCAAAUGUGAUGGAGAAAACUCUAGUGGCAGAGAACUCCAACAAAGAGAGCCCAGCUCCAUCCUCCGAAGUCACUGGGAAUGAUGUCCAAAAUAAAACCAUGUUCAAGUUGGAGAAUGAACAAGCCUCUGCAGUUGUGGUAAAAGUGAGGAAAAAAAUAGGAAAGAAUGUAGUGGUAAUAGAAGAGACCGUAUCCAAUCCUGAUGCCUUAGGACCCAGGAAGCUAAGGCAAAGACCCCCUGCAGUUACUGGAGUGGCCAAAAGGGGAAGAACAGCAAAUAAAAGAAGGAGAAUUAUUUAGAACUGUUAGACUUGUGAAUUGUCUUCUCAGUUUUGUCUGUUAAUAAUAUUUAUAUUUUUUAAUUUUAGUUUUUUUGAGACUACAGAGGAUUUUGGGUAAAAAAUGUAGUUCUCUGUAUUUCUCUGCAAAAAAGAAUAAAGACUGCAGUACUUUUUAUUUUGGUGGUUGCAUCCAGACUGUUAGGACUGAUUGUCUAUUUGCUAUUUGAUUUUCAGGGUACUGCAAAUACACUUGUGCCCAAACUGAGGAUUGUUAAGAAUAAUUAGCAUUUGAAUAAAACAUUAAAUUAAUGUAUGCAUAUUACCUGUAAUUGUUGCACGAGAAACCCAUAUUGGGAUAAACUUACUAAAUUGCUUUUUAUUUUGGUUUAUCAUGCUAUGUGUCUGCUGAUAAGUUCAUAUUUUGUUAAUAAGGGUUUCACAUGUAAGCAAGGAAUGGAUUAACUCAUUGUAUGAUAUACUUUUUUAAUCAUGAUUUUUACUGAUUAUCCUUUUGGGUCUGACUAGUUGUUGCAAAAUACAUUUGGCAGUAUAAAUGCCUCAUGGUCGACGAAUUGUGAGGGAGUUACUAAAGUGCAGGAAUGUAUAAAAGUGACUCAUUAAAUAUGCCAUUUUUAAAGAAA